UUAGGUUUUAAUAGAUUGAUUUUGAUUGUAGUUUUGAUUUUAGAUUUGAUUUUAGGUUUUAAAAGAUUGAUUUUGAUUGUAUUUUUUAUUUUAGAUUUGAUUUUAGGUUUUAAUGGAUUGAUUUGAUUUUAGUUUUGAUUUUGAAUAAUCUGCACUAUUACUAAUCUCAGAUCACCGUCUAACUCGGAAUCUCUGAUAAGGAAAGCAAGUUAUUUUAGUUUUGCAGAAGAAUAUGAUGAGCAGAAGCGGUGAAAUGUUUUCGAUGUCAACUAAAGCAGCUGAAAAAGUUGAGGUAAGAAUGCAAUUUCAGCUUAGUGAAUUGAGAUAGAUUGGAGAUGUUGUCUCAACACAAUACAUCUUCGUCAGCAAACGGUCCACGUCAGCCAGCGUCAGCAAAGCCUUACGUAGCACCGAUGAUUUCUUCACAAGAUCUACCGGUUGAUUACGCUGGUUUCAUCGCUGUUGUUUUUGGUGUUGCUGGCGUCAUGAUUAGGUAUAAGGCAUGCUUGUGGCUUGCAAUAAUAUUCUGUGCACAAUCUCUAUCCAAUAUGAGAAAUGCUGAGAAUGAUCCGAAAAAGAUCUCUAUGGCUACUAUAUUCUAUUAGCAAUUUAUGCUGGUCCCCUUGGUCCCAAGUGUUGUGAGCUCAUCAAAUUUUUUGAUGUAAGUUUUUACAAUUUCACAUGCCCUUGCUAGUGUAUCUGUGGUUAGCUUUCUUAAUUGUUUUCUUGUCUGCAUCAAGACUGCUGUUUUAUUGAUGCUUUAAACUGUCAUGUCUAUUUUGUUGCAUCCCUCCAAGUGAUAUUUGAUUAAUGGAGCUCUGU